CAGACGGGGCGUCGCGGCGGUUGGGGCGUCGGGGCGUCCGAGCGCUAAGCAUGACCCAGCAGGGCGCGGCGCUGCAGACCUACAACAACGAGCUGGUCAAGUGUAUGGAGGAGCUGUGCCAGAAGCGGGAGGAGCUGUGCCAGCAGAUCCAGCAGGAGGAGGAGGAGAAGCAGCGGCUGCAGGCGGAGGUGCGGCAGCUGACCGAGCGGCUGGCCCGCGUCAACGAGAACCUGGCCUGCAAGAUCGCCUCCCGCAACGAGUUCGACCGGACCAUCGCGGAGACGGAGGCCGCCUACCUCAAGAUCCUGGAGAGCUCGCAGACCCUGCUCAGCGUCCUGAAGAGGGAGACCGGGAACCUGACCAAGGCCACCAUGGCCACGGAGCAGAAGGGCAGCGGGGGCAAGGACAGCUGACGGGCGGGGGCCGCCCCCGGCUCUCCCUGAAGCAGCUGCACCUGCACUGUGGCCCCGGGUGACCAGAAGCCGCCCAGACACAGCCCACCGGCGACUGUCCUGGCUUCCCGCGCACCCUGGGGUGUUGGACUCCAGGUGGGCUCUGCGGCCCCCACACCCCUGCUGCUGGCCUCUGCUCGGCCGUGGUGGCCAGGGCGGCGGGCCGGGGCCGGGGCCGGGGCCCAGGCCCUGACGCUGCCAAUAAAGGUUGUAUUUG